AUGACGAGCAAAAGGAAAACAAUGCAACACUGUGCCUUCGCCGGCCGUGGGGCUCGAAGCCAGGACCGUGAGGUUAAGAGCCUUGUGGUCGACGAAUUUCCAAGAAAUGGUGCAGCUACAUCGCAGAGUGGGAACCUGGAAGAAGAGAGGUGUGCGUUCGAGAGUAAGCCCGAGCACAACACAGUCUCCUACACAACGAUUCUCCCGGCAUAUGUCCACAACAGGCAUCUUGAAGCGGCAGCCCGGAUCUUUGCACUGAUGCCUCGCUGCGGCAUUUCUUCUUGGAACGCAAUGCUAACAGCAUUUUUCCAUGCUCUGAAUCUUUCCAAGGCGGAAGAACUCUUUUCUCAGAUGCCCGAGCGAGAUCUCGCGUCGUGGACGUCGCUUCUCUGGGCAUAUGCCCAGACGGGCACCUGGACAUUUGAUUCGAUGCCUCAGCCCAAUUUGAUCUCGCAUGCGUACAGAGCUCCAAAAUUUUGGAAUUCCUGGGAAUUGAGCCAUUUGCUGCUUUGCGCUCGAAGUGGAGAAGUGGAGAGAGCGAGGUCCUGCUUCGUUUCGAUGGUGAUGAAUUACGAGCUGGAAGCUGGAAUGGAGAACUACAGCUGCAAGGUGGACGCUCUCAGCAGAGUUGGAUGCUUGGAUCAAGCCCGAGACUGGAUUGCGAGCAUGCCGUUUACUUCUAUGGACAAUCUCUCCCCUGAGAAAUUCCUCUCUUCUCGACCCCUUUAUAUACUCGAAACGAUGGCGCAAUGGCAUGUCGGGAUCAAAGAAUCAUAA